GGCGGGGCUUAUGGGACGCGAUGGUGGCGGUUCUGCGGUUUGUGGUGGUUUUUAGCGGGGAAAAGUGAAAAUAGCGCGAUUAAUAGCAUUUUUUUUAUAGAAUUAAAGAUGUCGAUGUUUAUUUUAUGUUAUUAAAUGAUACAGUUGAGGUUUAGCGCACUUUGUAGUGAAAGUUAACUUUUGCGUAUCUUAACUAAGUGCUGUAUAGUUAACUAGCUAAGAAAGGUUUCAGUUUUAUGUGUAAAUAACAGUUGUAAAGCUGCGUGAAUGGUGUGUUUUAAUAGCUAAAAACCGGCUUUUGCGUGUUUUAACUUUUAAUUCAGACAGAAACGCCCCGGUUAGGGGUUAUUAUGCGUGGAUGAAAGUGGGCGCGUCCUCCCCCCGUUUCAGGAGAAAGUGGACUCGCCCGCUCCUCUCUCAGCCAAUCAGCGCUCGCCACUGCCUCCCGCGUGCCGGACUUCUUAAAGAAACACGCCCUCUGUAGGGGGAGACGAAGCGCGGAGUGUAGAACACACCGCAGUUUCCUGCUGUUUUUAAUCCGAAUCCGGUUAUUAAUCCGAUUAAAUCCAACCUGGAUAAUGUGUGCGGACUCCAGGCUGCGGAUCCCGCGGUGAUGAGAGCGGAUUGGAGCAGUUAGCGGGGAGUUAGAGCGUGUUUAAGCCGCUAUGGGGACGCGGAGGAACGGCUUCAGUAAGCGAGAGAGCUGCGUGCUCUCUGUGGAUGUGGGAACUACCUCCAUCAGGUGUCAUGUUUACGAUAAAGUGGCCAAAAUCAGAGGAUCCUGCACCAAAAAGGUGUCUCUGCUGUACCCGGAGCCGGGCCGGGUGGAGAUGGACCCGGAGGAGCUGUGGCAGGGCUUCGUCUCCGUGGUGAAAGGAGCGGUUCAAGAUUCAGGUUUGGAGAUGAGCCAGAUGGAGGCGAUAGGAAUCUCCACCCAGAGAGCCACCUUCACCACCUGGGACAGGAAUUCUGGGAAGACGUUUCAUAACUUCAUCAGCUGGCAGGACCUGCGGGCGGCGGAGAUGGUCAGAUCCUGGAAUAACUCCUGCACCAUGAAGGCAGUGCAUGGGGUGAUGAAGAUGCUGCAUUUUCUGACGAGGAGGAAGCGUUUUUUGGCGGCGAGUUUGGUGGUUUUUACCCCUCAGCACGUCUCCCUGCGGCUCCUCUGGGCCCUACAGAACCUGCCUCAGCUCAGGCAGGCGGUUGAUGAAGGAACAUGUUUAUUCGGGACCAUCGAUACUUGGCUGCUUUAUAAACUCACUAAAGGUUUGGUCCACGCCACAGAUUAUUCUAACGCCAGCUCUACUGCAAUAUUCGACUCGUAUCAGAUGUGCUGGAGUGGGUUUCUGUGUUCACUGGUUUCUCUACCUCUCUCAAUCUUCCCCAAAGUUCAGAACACCAGCCACAAUUUUGGCUCGUCUGAUCCCUCCAUCUUUGGGGUUCCUAUUCCAAUCAUGUCAGUUAUGGCUGACCAGCAGGCGGCGAUGUUCGGCGAGUGCUGCUUCCAUACGGGCGAUGUUAAAAUCACCAUGGGAACGGGGACCUUCAUGGACAUCAACACAGGAAACAAACCACACACAUCAGUGGCUGGUCUGUAUCCUCUGGUGGGCUGGAAGAUUGGAUCUGAGGUGGUGUAUCUCGCUGAGGGAAACGCCGCUGGAACAGGAACCGCUAUUAAAUGGGCUCAGGAGAUCGAGCUCUUCUCGGAUGUGAAGGACACUGUAGUUAUGGCCAAUAGCGUGAAGGACUCGGACGGUGUGUGUUUUGUGCCUUCAUUCAGUGGCCUGCAGGCUCCACUGAAUGACCCAAAGGCAUGUGCUGCUUUUAUGGGCCUCAAACCCUCCACCACCAAGAGCCACCUGGUCCGAGCGAUACUGGAGUCCAUCGCAUUCAGGAAUAAGCAGCUGUUUGAUGUGAUGCUCCGAGAGACACGGAUACCCAUCACUAAAAUACGGGCUGAUGGUGGCGUCUGUACAAAUGAUUUUAUCAUGCAGUUGACCACAGACCUGCUGGGGCGUAAGAUCUCGAGGCCGGCUCAUUUCGACAUGUCGUGUUUGGGGGCGGCGUUCGUUGCUGGUUUGGGAGUCGGUUACUGGAAGAGUAAAGAGGAGCUGAAGAAGCUGCAGAUGACGGAUCGUCUCUUCCUGCCUCAGUGUGGUAAAGGAGACUGCUGUAAUGGAGCCGUCUAUAAACCAGUCCUGCAGAACUGGGAGGAAGCCCUGCAGCGCUCCAUGCACUGGUACAGCCAGUCUUAACCCACAGCAACCCUGCAGUUUUACACCAGUUUUACACCAAUUUUACCAACAACUACCUUGUUUAAACCAUUAAUUGGCCUUUUUACCAAAAACAUCCACAUAUAUAUAUAUAUAUAUAUAUAUAUAUAUAUAUAUAUAUAUAUAUAUAUACACUAUAUACAGUGUAUAUAUACAUAAUAUAGCUUAUCUGACCACCACUUAUCUAAAAAAAAGAAAAAAAAAAGUCAGUUAAUUUGAAAACCAUUUCAGAAAUAUAUAUAUAUAUAAUAUCACUGAUAAAACGAGAUAAAAACAGCAUAAAAAGCGUGAUUUUCCAGCUUGUUUUGGCUGCUGCGCCUGCACAGAUCUCCACACCACUGCAACCCUCCUCCACUCUCUUUACAAGCAGCAAGCCGAUUGGCAGUUUUUGCUGAGGGGCGGGACUUCAGAAAUCCAUGAAAAUGCGCUAUGAAUAAUAGCAUUACGCAAAAUCCCAUUCGUACAGCGGCCAGUAACAGAAGAAUAUCACAGUAUUGUGAUAUCAUUGUUAUCGGGUGAAAUACAUACAAUGUACAUACAAUACAUAUACAGUAUGUUUCCAAUAAAAUGGCCACUAAUGAGUGUA